CGCUGCCGUGUCGCUGGGCAGAACAAAACAAAAACAAACCGGGCAGCGCACGGGGCUGCAGAGCGAGGCAGGCAGCGGCUGUGGGGAGCGGCGGGGACGGGGCAGCCCCGGGGACCGCCGCCGCCGCCGCCGCCGCCUACGGAGAAACACAUCUGUAAUGGAACAUUCGACUCGGAAGAAGAAAAUUAACCUUUUAAGAUAGACGAUCUUGAUUCCCCUUCCUGAGUGAGCAGUACAAGAGAACACUUUUAGCAUAAUAAGAGUGCUUCAGAACUGGAUGGUUGAGGACUGCAACAGGUGGGAAGGGAAGAGAAGAGCCACUGAAAUCUUAUGGGAGAACUACACAUACCAGUAACAUUCACAAUACUACAAAGUGAUUCAUGAAAAUUUUGCAGGCCUGAAAGGAAAGCAUUAAGAUUUCUGUUUACAGUCAGUUCAGUUGAAGUGCAAUUAAACAACUAUGGAAGUAGAAAAUGAGCAGAUAUAUAAUGUUAACCCAACAGAACUUGAUCAUCUAAGUGACACUCCAUUUUCUGGUGAGGAAGAAAAUGGUGGAAGUGAGGAAAUAAAGACAGAAAUCAAUGGAAAUUGGAUAGCUGCAUCUUCCAUUAAUGAAGCUAAAAUUAAUGCUAGAGCAAAGAGGCGGUUAAGGAAAAAUUCUUCUCGUGAUUCUGGGAGAGGAGACUCUGUUAGUGAUAAUGGAGAGGCACUGAAAAGUGGAGUCACUGCACCAACAAGUCCAAAGGGAAAAUUUCUGGACAGACGAUCCCGGUCUGGAAAAGGAAGGGGACUACCAAAGAAAGGUGGUGCAGGCGGCAAAGGUGUUUGGGGUACACCAGGGCAAGUAUAUGACGUGGAGGAAGUGGAUAUUAAAGAUCCCAACUACGAUGAUGACCAGGAGAAUUGUGUCUAUGAAACUGUAGUUCCACCUUUGGAUGAAAGAGCAUUUGAUAAAACUUUAACACCAAUGUUACAGGAAUACUUUGAACAUGGAGAUACUAAUGAAGUUGCGGAGAUGCUGAGGGAUUUAAAUCUUGGUGAAAUGAAAUACAGUGUGCCAGUGUUGGCCGUAUCAUUGUCAUUAGAGGGGAAGGCUAGUCACAGAGAAAUGACAUCUAAGCUCCUCUCUGACCUUUGUGGGACAGUAGUGAGCACAAGUGAUGUGGAAAAAUCGUUUGAUAGGCUACUUAAAGAACUACCUGAAUUGAUGUUGGAUUCUCCCAGAGCGCCACAGUUAGUGGGCCAAUUUAUUGCUAGAGCAGUUGGAGAUGGGAUUUUAUGUAGUACUUACAUAGACAGCUACAAAGGCACCGUGGAUUGUGUCCAGGCUCGAGCUGCAUUGGACCGAGCUACUGUGCUGUUGAGUAUGAAAAAAGGUGGAAAGCGUAUAGACAGUGUAUGGGGAUCAGGCGGUGGACAGCAAUCUGUAAAACAUCUUGUUAAAGAGAUUGAUAUGUUGCUGAAGGAGUACCUACUUUCUGGAGAUGUAUCAGAAGCUGAGCGUUGCCUUCAGGAACUAGAAGUGCCUCAUUUUCACCAUGAACUUGUAUAUGAAGCAAUUGUGAUGGUUUUAGAAUCAACUGGAGAAACAACCUUUAAAAUGAUGCUUGAUUUGUUGAAAUCCCUCUGGACGUCUACUGUCAUUACUCUGGACCAAAUGAAAAGAGGUUAUGAACGAGUUUACCGUGAAAUCCCAGAUAUUAACCUGGAUGUGCCACAUUCAUACUCUAUGCUUGAGCGGUUUGUAGAGGAAUGCUUUCAGGCUGGAAUCAUUUCCAAACCACUGAGAGACCUCUGUCCUUCAAGGGGAAGGAAGCGCUUUGUAAGUGAAGGAGAUGGCGGUCGUCUUAAACUAGAGAGCUACUGAGUACAGGAACCAACUCUUGCAGCCUUAGAUGUUUAAAGGGAAAAAAUAUAUUCUUUCUCUAAAUUGUAAGAGUUGCUUAGCACAGUUCAUAUUUUUUUAAAAGCACUUGUUUGGGGUACAAAUCAUUCUGAAAUAGUUUUGUAAAUUUAUAUUCAGGAAGGAAAUUUCUUUCUCUGGGCAUAUAGUAGAACAGAACAAGUAACCACAUUUCAGUGGUGGUGCCUUCAAAUAAGCUACCCUUCUGUAAGUGCCAUAUGUUUAUGACCUAAUCAUUCCAUGUUCUGCAUUGAUGUCUGACUGCCACUCCUUUCCUUCAAGGACAGUGUUUUUGUAGUAAAAUCACUGGUUUAAACAAAGCUUUAUUAUAGAGGGGUCAAGUUAAGCUGCUGUAACCUCAUUUUGGCUGCUGCUGUCGAAAUGCUGUGCUUCGGGAGGAAAAAUGGUUAUUUCUUUAAAGAAUCUAAAAAAUGGAUUGGUCAUAAGAUGUAUUCGUCUUUUCCAGGGGAACACACUGAUUAGUCUUAAAGACCAGUGCAGUAAAAGGUGGCUGGAACAUCUAUUUCUCUACAAAACUGGAAAAAAUGAACAGUUCUGAUAGAAUGUAUUACAAAAUAAAUUUUUGUAAAGCUA